AAACCAAUGUUGAGUACAGAGAGAGAGAGAGAGAGAGAUAGACAGAUAGGUGAAAGCGGAGCAGCGGCAGAGUCAGUGGAGCUUCUGCUCACCAAGCAGACGGGAUUAACAGCUGAAACACACUGGACCUGUCUUUCUUUCUUUAGCUGAAGGUAGAAGCUCAGCAUUAACGUGGAUCGCUGUUCUCCCAGAGCUUCAUGCUGGUCAGGGACCAGGACAGAAAACUAUGGCAGAUGUACCCAGCCCCUCUCCUAAUGUUCCGUCUCCCCUGGAGUUGGACUCUAAUUUUAGCUUUUGACCCCUGGAACAGGAAAGAGUUUCUCACUUUUGCAAGGAGGGAGACACCUGGUGAGGACAAGUCUGGAUUGAUCCACCAGCCGUUAUUCCUAACCACAGGACAACAGUAAAAGCAUAUAUUCUGCUACACCAGCUCUGAAACCGACACUGGAGUCGAGUAUUUAAAGGACCUGUCCGACCUCUAUUGCCCCAAGACCAUGGGUUUUCCGUGGGGCAGCAUUAUGCUGCUGUAUGGGAUGGUUCUGCUCAGGAUGGAGGGCAGCGGAGCCCAACAGGCCAAGACCAAGAACAACGUCCCCCGGCUCAAACUCUUCUAUAAAGAAAUGUUGGAGUCGAACAACCUUGUGACGUUUGAAGGUCUGGCCAACAGUUCAUCCUAUCACACCUUCCUGUUGGACGAGGAGAAAGGAAGACUCAUCGUCGGGGCCAAGGACCACAUCUUCUCCUUCAACCUCCUCAAUAUCAGCAAAGACUAUGCACAGAUCCCCUGGCCAGCUUCUCCCACCAAGAGAGACGAAUGCAAGUGGGCAGGAAAAGAUCUCUCGAGGGAGUGCUCAAAUUUCGUCAAAGUAUUGCAGCCGUUCAACCAAACCCACCUGUACGUGUGUGGGACCGGAGCCUUCCACCCUGUGUGCUCCUACCUGGAGGUGGGCAAGAAACCAGAGGACAGUGUGUUCAGACUGGAGCCUCACGUGGAAAAUGGCCGGGGGAAGAGUCCCUAUGAUCCCAAGCUGCUCACUGCCUCCAUGCUGCUUGAUGGGGAAUUGUACGCUGGAACGUCAGCUGACUUCAUGGGGCGGGACUUUGCCAUCUUUCGCACUCUUGGCGAUCAUCAUCCAAUCAGGACGGAGCAACACGACUCCCGGUGGCUCAAUGAUCCCAGGUUUGUGGGCAUUCAUCAGAUUCCAGAGAGUGACAACCCGGAAGACGAUAAAAUCUACCUGUUCUUCAGAGAGAAUGCCAUGGAUGGAGAGCACGCCGGCAAGGCCACACACGCUCGCAUCGGACAGCUCUGCAAAAACGACUUGGGAGGUCACAGGAGUCUCGUCAACAAGUGGACCACCUUCCUGAAAGCUCGGCUCAUUUGCUCGGUGCCUGGCAGUAAUGGAAUAGACACCCACUUCGAUGAACUACAGGACGUUUUCCUCAUGAGCACGAAGGAUCCCAAGAGCCCAAUCAUCUACGCAGCUUUUACCACUUCCAGCAACAUCUUCAAAGGUUCAGCUGUCUGUAUGUACAGCAUGACAGACAUCAGGAGAGUGUUUCUGGGUCCUUACGCUCACAGAGACGGACCCAACUAUCAGUGGGUGCCCUUCCAGGGACGGGUGCCCUACCCCCGGCCUGGCACAUGUCCAAGCAAGACAUUCGGAGGCUUUGAUACAACUAAGGACCUUCCUGAUGAGGUGGUGACCUUUGCCAGAAGCCACCCUGCCAUGUUCAACCCCGUCUACCCCAUUAACAACCGACCAAUCAUAGUCAAAACGGAUGUGGACUACCAGUUCACCCAGAUAGUGGUGGAUAAAGUAGAAGCUGAAGAUGGCCAGUAUGACGUUAUGUUUAUAGGCACAGACAUUGGGACGAUUCUGAAAGUGGUAUCAAUCCCCCGAGGCUCCUGGCAUGACCUGGAGGAGGUGCUGUUGGAGGAAAUGACGGUGUUUAGAGAGCCAACAGCCAUUACAGCCAUGGAACUUUCAACCAAACAGCAACAAUUGUACCUGGGCUCAGACAUCGGUGUUUCCCAGAUGCCUUUGCAUCGGUGUGAGGUUUACGGGAAGGCCUGUGCCGAAUGCUGCCUGGCGAGGGACCCGUACUGUGCAUGGGAUGGCGCUGAGUGCUCCAGAUACUUUCCCAUGGCCAAGAGGAGAACAAGGAGACAGGAUAUCAGGAACGGAGACCCACUCACACAAUGCUCGGAUCUGCAACACAACGAUGAACUGAGCGGGCACUCGACUCUGAAUAAAACGGUGUAUGGAGUGGAGAACAGCAGCACCUUUCUCGAAUGCAGCCCCAAGUCUCAGCGAGCCCUGACCUAUUGGCAGUAUCAGCGUUCAACUGACGACCGCAAACAAGAGCUCCAAUCAGAGGAGCGCUUCGUCCGCACCGACCAGGGGCUGCUGAUUCGCACACUCAACAAGAGGGACUCAGGCAUCUAUCUGUGCCAGGCAGUGGAGCACGGCUUCAUGCAGACACUUCUGAAGGUGACCUUGGAGGUCAUCGACACCGAGCGCCUGGAGGAUUUGCUGCAUCGCGACGAGGAGGCCGCAGCCAGCGCCCCCGCCCUGGAAUUCUCCUCACCUCGAGAGUCUCCGAAUCAAAAGCUGUGGUACCGGGACUUCUUGUCUUUGGUGAAUCACCCGACCCUGAACACCGUGGACGAGUUCUGCGAGCAGGUGUGGAAGCGGGAGAGGAAGCACAGGAGGCAGAAAGCCCACCACGUGCAGCAGGGACACAUGCGCCAGCAGCAGCAGCAGCAGCAGCAGCAGCAGCAGCAGCAGCAGCAGAAGGUGCUGGUGAACCCUCACUCCCACAUGCACGCUCAGGGGCUGGCAGCCAAGUGGAAACACCUGCAAGAGAGGCAGAAGGGCCGUAACCGCAGGACCCACGAGCUGGAGAGGGCCCCCCGCAGUGUCUGACCCACAAACCUGAACUUUUAACGCCCAAAACCUGAAACCGCACCCAGUUCUCAUUCUGUAACCCCCCCGAUUAACUUACCCAGCUUCUAUCUUCAUAUUAAGAUACAGACUUUUCCCACAAGGACUGGAUAGAAAAGUUAAACUGGAAAAAAAAAAAGGUCAUGUAAUUCCCCCAUGUGCUGGCUGGUGUGUUUUAAUGCGUGGGCAGCCAUAUUUAUGGUGCGCCUGGACAGAGGACUGCAGGAAGCAGGAUGUUAUAUCACAUCAGACUCUCAGAGCAUAUUAUCUCAGCUGGCCUCUGUGGCCGGAGCACUGCAGAGGGUCAGUGUCCACCUGCACACAAACUGGGUACACACAGUAUAGAGGCACGACUGACUCCACCUCCAGGUGGCUGUGUCGAUGGCACCGUCCCAUGGCAUGCUAUAGGUGUCCUCGUCGGUGUGAAAACUAAAUAGAUACCUACACAUACCCGAUUAACUGCUUUUCUACUUCACAAAUAUGAACGAAGAGGAAACUGGAUUGUAUUAAAGACGAGUCUGGAGAGGGAGCGGACAAAAAAAAGAAAGAAGCACAAGAUGGGAUACUUGGUCAUUUCUGGUAUUAUUCAUGGUUAAAUCCGUCAGCGCGAGAGGAGACAUUUGCCCGAGCACUGCAAAGAAACUGGGAGCAGCCGUCACUGGUUGUUGACGAAUAUUAUCAUGUAGCUAAGAUGUGUAAAUACUGUAAUCUAUUACGUCUCCUCAAACUAAAGGGAAUGGCUUGCGGUUGUUGUGACUCUUCGUGUCGUUUCCCCAGAUAGACAUGUAUUUAAUAAGAAAGUCCUUUCUUUCCGCAGCAGUUGUAAGCAGGGACAUUUUGUACCAGUCCGUGUGUGAACACCCGAGAUAAGCUUCAUGAUUCUGUUCUGUUUUGUGAACCAUCAGUUUUCUUCCAGUGUCAAUGCGCCACAUGUUUGUUUGAGUAUGAUUUGUACACACUUUGUUUCCACUUCAUGUGUAUUUAUUGAUAUACAAUAAUGUACAUCGGGAAAAUAUUGUUUUUUUUUUUAUUUCUGGGCUUUUAUUUUUGCAAUUUAUCAUUUGGUUUGAUGGAUUUUAUUUACUGGACCAAUCAUUUUAAGCUACUGUGUUAUCAGAGAGUAAGUAAAGACUGGCUGGUUAUUUAUCAAUACUGAUCAAUAUUACAGGCAUUAUACAUCAAAUGCACUGAGCAAUAACCCAGUAUCCAAACUGUAUUUUUUCCAUCACUUUUAUGGUUUCAUAUCCAUAAUCCUCACAGGUUGUGCAGUGUCAACUUCAUUUUACUGUGUGUACCAUAAAAAACAUUUCUGGAUAUAACAAUCAUCUAUCCAUUACACAAUACACGUAUACACACACACACAAAACUAGAAUGUAGCUGUGAACAUUUUGUAAAUAUAAAUUCUAUGGUCUAUGUUUGACAAGUAUGACACUGUGUACUAGUGCAUGUGAAUACUAUUGUAGUACUAUUGUAUACUAGUCUGAUGUUGUCAUCGUUCUUCUCUUGUUUGCUAUUGCAGUACACAAUAUUAACUAUUUCAAAGAUGUAAAUACUAGAUUCUGUUAGGACUCUGUAUAAUUGAUAGUUACCGAGGUAAAGGUAUUCACGAGAUCGGAACAGGAUCUUCGAAGUGGAUCGCGUUGUCCACAGACUGGUUCCAUGACAAUGAACAAUGCCAGUGGAGCGUUGCAGCAACACGUUGAUGCGUCACGUGACCUCGACUUGUGAGGGUUUGCAACACUUCAUCUGCUUUUGGAAGCCGUGACCUUUGGACUUGAGGAACAGCCGGAGCCAGAGAGAGGUUUUUAGGCUGUGGAAACGGAGCUGAGGAACUUUCAGGUGGAGAUGAGUUUGAUAAGAUAAGAUCAUCAUUAUUAAGAGAAACUAUAGGGCGCCUCACUGCAUCUGACAUACAGGGGAGGUGAGGAUAUGAAGUGCUGCUGCUGCUGCUGCUCUUAGGCAUGAUGAUGGUGGUGAUGAUUAUGAUGGUGAUGUAUUCUACUGAACUAAUAAAUGUCUGUUCAUAAA